UACUUUUUCUCGUUUGCUGAACUGUUGAUGACCCAUUCAUGACUCAUCCUACGGUCAAGUCACAAAAGAUUCACUAUCUUCGCUUUUCAUUUGCCCUUUAAAUACCUUACCCUGCACCAAACCAUUUCAUCAAUCAUCUUCAAAUUUUACAAAUCACACAAACAUCAUCAAGAUCAAGUACGAUUAGUCAAUCUUCUCAAUAUGAACAUGAACAGAGUUGGACAACAAGUCAUUCGAUUUCCAGCGGCAAAGACUACUCCGGUGGGUUACUUAACUGAUCCGGCUUCAAUAAACAAGUUAUGGGUUCCGGCUUCUUCCAAGAGAUCUGAACAAAGCAACGACAAAACGAUUCUUAAAAGGAAGAAAACCGAUGGUUUCACCAAUGGAGCAUGCAAUGCGAAGCUAAGACCAAAGCUAACCGAAACAGUGAAGAGAAAGCUAUCUUUGGGCGCUAGAAUUCUUCAGGUUGGAGGUUUAGAAAAGAUCUUCAAGCGGCUCUUUAGAGUCAGUGAAGGAGAGAAACUGUUCAAAAUGUACCAGUGUUACUUGUCGACAACCGCAGGUCCCAUUGCCGGCCUUCUAUUUAUCUCGUCCAAGAAAAUGGCGUUCUGCAGUGAGAGGUCCAUAAAGGUGGCUUCUUCUCAAGGAGACAUGAUCCGGGUUCACUACAAAGUGUCAAUUCCCUUGUGCAAGAUAGAGAGAGUGAACCAGAGUCAGAACACAAAGAAACCAUCACAGAAGUACCUGGAAGUAGUCACCGUCGAUGGUUUCGACUUCUGGUUCAUGGGGUUCCUGAGCUACCAAAAAGCUUUCAAUUGCCUUGAGAAGGCUCUUUCUCUGAGCUUUGAAGGCAAGGAAGAGCAAUAAAGCUACGAUUUUACGAGGAGCUUUGGAGUUUAGAAUAAAUAUUUCAUUUCUUCUUUACCUGAUUGAUCACAGAGUAGUCCUAGAAAGACCAGACAAUACUGUACAAACUCAAUGUAUUUUCUCUAUUCCAUUGUUUGUAGACAAUAUCAGAUGAAUAUAUUAAGUGAAUCAUAUGUAUGCAUGCAAUGCUCAUUCAA